AUGAUUGCUACUAGUCCUUGUGUCUGGACUCAAAUGAUGCGUACAAAUGCAUGUCCAGACAGUCGCAGCUAUUAUGAGAUGGCAAAACCAAAAUUAAUCUGCGUAGAAGGAUAUGCUUUUAAGACUGAUCGAUUAGCAUCACGCAAAACCUGUGGUCAGAGUCCUAGCCACCCUCAUUUGAAGAGGACUCUGAUUAAUAUGGUCUGCAGAUUACAGUUAGCAACUGGAAAUGCGUACACUCAAGGAAAUAAGACCCGAGUCGAAGGGCAUUUACGCACACUUUCAUUUGUGAAGGAGAAGCAAGGUUACUUUCGACAAACCUAUCCAAACCAAUAUCAAAGCGAAGUUAAAGAUAGACAUGAACAUGAACAUGAACAUGAAAAAAAAGGAUAUCGAGCAUUCAAGCAUCUAAACUUUCAAGCACAACAAGCAGUCUCGCCAUCUCGCUGGGUUGGCCCAAAAGCACACCAAGAGUCUCGACUAGGAUAUGGUAUUUGGGAUGACCGGGUUUAUAUUAUGGACCGAGAACACCAGCAGGAACAAGUAGAGGCCGGCCGCCCUGUGACAGGGCUCGCAAUACUACAACCCUUUAGAGGAUACCAGAGAGAGCUUGUGAGCGUUGGACUUUACCAAAAGGGUUCUUGGUGUGGUAAGCCAAGAUCUGGUAGCUCUUCUGCCAUUCGGUGGACAAACCCUUUUGUGGUUGACCCCAUCGCUGCAAGUUGGCACAUUGUUUCUGCUGGAAGUUUGGUUGUUUACUGUUGGUGGUCUCGUAUACCUCCUGCUGGUGGUCAAGGUCCAAUCCGCCCGGUCAUCGAAGAACAUUUUGCAGUCCCGAGCCUGUCUCUUCAGAUGAUGUUACCUAUUCCAAGACAAGUUCCUUUACCCAUAUUUGGUCUUAGCAACUCAAAUAAUGCGGCAUAUUCCGAAGCCUGA